CUGAUGACCCAACACGCAGCCCUCAUACGGACUAUAAGAGCGUGAUGACGAAAGACGCUCUCUCUUUGCCGCAUCUACUGCGAGAAUGAAGACCAUUCUCAGCAAUCAGACUGUCGACAUCCCAGAAAAUGUCGACAUUACCUUGAAGGGACGGACAGUUAUUGUGAAGGGCCCCAGAGGCACCCUGCGGAGGGACUUCAAUCACAUCAAUGUAGAACUCAGUCUCCUUGGAAAGAAAAAGAAGAGGCUCCGUGUUGACAAAUGGUGGGGAAACAGAAAGGAACUGGCCACUGUUCGCACAAUCUGUAGCCACGUACAGAACAUGAUCAAGGGUGUUACACUGGGCUUCCGUUACAAGAUGAGGUCAGUGUAUGCCCACUUCCCCAUCAACGUUGUUAUUCAGGAGAAUGGUUCUCUUGUGGAAAUCCGAAAUUUUUUGGGUGAAAAAUACAUACGCAGGGUUCGAAUGAGGCCAGGGGUUGCCUGUUCAGUAUCUCAAGCCCAGAAAGAUGAGUUGAUUCUUGAAGGAAAUGACAUUGAACUUGUGUCAAAUUCAGCUGCUUUGAUUCAGCAAGCCACCACAGUUAAAAACAAGGAUAUCAGAAAAUUUUUGGAUGGUAUCUAUGUUUCUGAAAAAGGAACAGUUCAGCAGGCUGAUGAAUAAGAUCUCAGUGAUCCUGCUGCAGAAACAAGAUAGCAGAUGGUUCUGUGGACUCAAUUGUGAUAUUUUAAAGAGACAAUAAAAACUCUUGAUUUGA